UUAGUCAUCUAGCCCGUUUCGUGUGUUUCGCUUCAUUUAUCUUGUUUAUUUACGUUUGUUAAUUAACAAAACUUAUUUCGCCGAUUAUUUUACAACACGCAACUAACUAUACACCUUCUUAGUGUUGUGAAUACAUGUAAUAUCAGUUUGUGUUUGCAAAAAUUGAACUUGCUGUGUGUGUCCUGUAGUUUUGGUUGUGUUGUGUUUAUUUUGACCGUUUGUGUGUGAUUCCAACUGGGUGGCUCAACGUCGAAAAUCAAAAUGCUGACCACGCAACGCGCUCUGAUUGGCUUUGGCGCGCCGUAGCAUCCAAUCCUGGCUCGUGAUUGGUGGAAAAUGUCGGGUCUGCAAGCGCGCGGCGAAGACGUCAUCAAUGGGGUCGAUGUUAGGGAGCAAGGAAGCGCUUUAAGAGUGGCUACGAACACUCCCCACCUCGUGAGCUUGGGGACGGGUAGGCUGAGCACCGCGGUUACACUCCAUCCUAUAAAACAGGGUCGAGUAACAAUCGGGUCAGACCCUACCUGCGACAUUUACGUCGUCGGCACCGGUGUCGCCAGCGUGCAUUGUCGCGUUGAGAACUCCCACGGUGUGGUCACGCUGUACCCGACUAGUGGUAGUACUUUACUCGACGGUCUGCCGGUGGACAAGCCUACGAGACUCUCACAAGGAAGCAUGCUAACCAUAGGCCGCUCCAAUACUCGUUUUCGUUGUUUUUAA